AUGUUGUUGCUUGUGGCUGUGUGUAUACUAAACUUACAGUAUGGUAAUAGCAAACAAUAUGCCAUACCUGUUACCAAGGAAUAUUCAAAUCACCUAGGUGUUGUUGAUGGGAGUAUGUUUAAUUUAUUUAUUUUAUAAUACACAUGUAUAGUAUAAAAUAAAAAAUGUCAUAUCUAGUUCGAGUUGUUGAUACUGAAAAGCAUCGCAAAAGUGUGAAGCGUCUAACUGGAAAAUACAGGUCGAAUUCGUCUCAACCACUUUAUGAUUAUCAAGACUAUGAAUAUGUCGGUACGUUCUUUAAAGCCACAGCCCUAGCCAGCCAAUGCCCCAGUUUUAUUGUUACCCUGGAAUUUAAACCUUUAGGCUACUUAAUUUUCAAAUUGUCUAGGCGACUUAACCGUGGGCACACCACCAACCCAAUUUCGUGUUAUCUUUGAUACCGGUUCCGCUGAUACAUGGCUUCCGGGUGUUUCUUGCCAAGUAGGAGGCACUAACAAAACUUGUAAUAAAACGCUUUUUGAUCCGAAAAAUUCAUCAACAUUCCUUGAUAAAAAUACAACCUUCUUCAUUGGAUACGGUACCGGUAGUGUUGAAGGAAAAAUCGGGUUUGAUGAUGUAGGGUUAGGUGGCAUACAUGAUGAUAAAAUUGUUGUAAAAAAUCAAUCAAUUGGAGUGGUAACCAUUGCGGACGACAUGAUUAAUAGCGACAUAACUAUGGAUGGGAUAGUGGGGUUGGCGUUCACGGAGAUGUCAACUAUGUUUCAAAAAUCAAUAUUUGAAAAAGCCAUAGAGGAAAAGCUGGUUGAUCAGCCGGUCUUCACUGUUUGGAUGGACGGUGAAGGGUAUGAUGCAAAUGUAAGCAUUGUUUUAACUGGGGGGGGUUGCAUUAGUGUAGACCGGUUGGGAGUAACUUUAGUUUUAGAAAGAAUUUCCAACGCCUUAAUAUAUAAAAAAUGUAAAUAUUGUAAAAGUUUUGUGAAGUUUAUAGUUGGGACCCCUAAUAUAAUAAACUACUGUAGGGAACUAUUGGAGGACAAAUCACAUUUGGUGCAUUCGAUUGCGAUCACUGUGAAUGUGACACCACGAAUUGGAUUAUUUUAGAAUUUGCCUUUUAUUGGAAUAUCGUUAUUGAUGGUUUCGGAAUUAACAAUAAGUUAAUUAGCCAGAGAUAUGGUGUCGUUGUGGAUACUGGCACUUCAUAUAUUAUUACACCACCUGACGUGUUUGAGCAAAUUGUGAAAGAGUUCGGAGCUACCGAAAAAGAUGGGGAAUACGUUUUGCCUUGCAACUCGAAUGUCUCAUUGUCCAUUGUGGUUAAUGCGGUUGAUGAGAACACAUAUGUAAUUCAAGCUAAGCAUUUACUGUUAAAGCCGCAUAACAGCGACUCAUGCAUAUUGGCUAUUCAAGGUGCUGAUAUAUCUUGGGAUAUACAAUUUAUAUUGAAAGAUCCGUUUAUUCGCCAAUUCUGUUUGGUCCACAACGUCGAAAUGCAGAACCUUGGAUUAUCAAAAGUCAAAGUUUAA